GCCGUGAGGGCGGCGAUGGCGGCGGCGAUGGCGGCGCCCGGCGGGGACGAGGCGGGCGCGGACUCGGACGGCGGCAGCAGCAGCGAGGAGCUGGUGCUCACCCCGGCACAGCUGAUCCACAGCCUGGAGCAGGCCUGGCUCAACGAGAAGUUCGCUCCGGAGCUGCUGGAGAGCAGACCCGAGAUCGUCGAGUGUGUCGUGGAGCAGCUGGACCACAUGGAAGCAAACCUGAAGCGGGCAAAGAGAGGAGACCUGAAGGUGAGCGUGCACCGCAUGGAGAUCGAGAGGAUCCGCUUCGUGCUCAGCAGCUACUUGAGGUGUCGGCUGGUGAAGAUAGAGAAGUUUUUCCCCCACAUCCUGGAGAAGGAGAAGUCUCGAGCUGAAGGGGAGCCCUCCAUCCUGUCACCAGAGGAGUUUGCUUUUGCUAAAGAGUACAUGGCGAACACAGAGACUUACCUGAAAAACGUGGCCCUAAAACACAUGCCACCCAACCUGCAGAAAAUGUCUCUCCUAAAAUCAGUUCCGAAGCCCAACCUGGACUCCUUUGUGUUCCUGAGGGUGCUGGAGCGGCAGGAGAACAUCCUGGUGGAGCCAGAGACGGAUGAGCAGAGGGAAUACGCCAUCGACCUGGAGGAGGGCUCCCAGCACCUGAUCCGCUACAGGACCGUGGCCCCGCUGGUGGCCUCGGGCGCCGUGCAGCUCAUCUGAGGGGCAGAGGCUUUUCCAGGUGUGCGGCAGGCGGGCUGUCGCCCCCCCAGCCAUGCCCGUGGACCUGGCCGUGCGGCUCUGCCUGAGCCACUCGCCCCCCAUCCGCAAGCUGCUGAACUCCUACGAGGAGCUGCGGGGCAACCGAGGCCGCAAACCCCUCCGAUCCUGUCUCAACCAGAAGCUGAGCGCAGAACCUGAGCCCGAGCGGCGAGACAACACCAAGAGCUCCAAGGGGCAGAAGAAGAAGCGAGUCGUGUUUGCUGAUAUGAAGGGGCUCUCGCUGACGGCCGUCCGCUUCUUCUCAAGGAUUGAGGAGGACCUUUGUGACUUGCAGCAUGCCCUGUCAGACCUUGCCUCCUUCCGCCCCAGGCUGUGGGACUCGCGCCCAGAAGCGUGCAGGUACGUGCUGGACUUCCCACAGCCCUCAGUGGACUACACGGCUUUCCGCAGCAGCCUGCACAGGAACCUCGUCUGCCUGGAGAGCUGUGUGAUCCAGGACCGUGCUCUGUCAGGGACAGUGAAGGUCAGAAACAUUGCCUAUGAGAAGAAGGUGGCAGUCCGCAUCACCUUCGACGGCUGGAAGAGCUUCCGGGACGUCCCCUGCCAGUACAUGCACAGCACGUACGGCUCGGCCGACACAGACAUCUUCUCCUUUGAGCUCACCCUGCCCAAGCCAGCCAGCGGCCGCAGGGCCACAGAGUUCUGCAUCUCCUUCCAGUGUGGACAGAAGACCCACUGGGACAACAACCAUGGGAAGAACUACAAGAUCCGCCAUGUGGGCGGAUCCUCCCGUGCCAUGAAGAGUGCCAGUGGGGCCUGGGAGCAUCUUGGCACCUCUGGGGCUGCCGCCCUGGUCCUUUCUCACCUGCAGACCUGGCAGCGUUCAGAGACCCAGGCUCCUUACUGGUAGGAGGGCAGUGUGUGAAGACAUGUAGGUCCUCUCCACAUCCCAGACAUGGUACAAGAGUCUUGGGGGAAGGGUCAGCUGCAGAAGAUGCUGCUCACAGUUCUGUUAGCCCCUCCACGGCUCUAUGAGCAGCUGCCGGUCUCUGCAGAAGCUUUUUUCCUACUGGCUCCUGGCGCAGAGGCUGGAAGCUGCUGCUUGGAGUGACUCCUGUAGGUUCUUGCAAGUGACAAGGAACAGGCUGUGAGCCAGAGCCCGCGGCCAGGCCUGAGCCACUCAGGGAGCCACGGGGCCGGUGCUGCCCAAGUGCCUUGUGUGGAAGGGGCUGCUGGGGAGGGGACGGGCUCCUCGUGCUCCACCGUCCCGAGAAGGGCUUAGUGCGGGGCCACCGGGCCGAGAGUGGCGGGGGCACCUCCGGUCGUUGGUGCUGUAACGGGGAGUUUAAUAAAGUGACGGCGCUUCGCGA